AUGGCAUCACCCGUGCCCUCCACCACCUCCGAGACUCGCUCCAAACCCCAAGAACAAAUCACCUUCAAAUUCUGCAGAGAAUGCUCAAACAUGCUCUACCCAAAGGAAGAUCGUGUGACCUCAAAACUCAUGUUCGCCUGCCGCACCUGCCAGUUCAGUGAAGAAGCAACCUCCUCGUGCGUGUUCCGCAAUAACUUGUUCAAUACCGUGGGAGAGACGGCCGGUGUGACGCAAGAUGUGGGCAGUGAUCCUACGGUGGGUAGCCCUGGUCAUCUGUUGUUUUGUUUGAUGUGCGGCUCUGUCUUGGAGGAUGAGGAUGAAGGCGGAAAGGAGGAGGAGCGAUAG